AUGUUAUUAUCCAAAGUUCUUUUAUGCGUUUUAUUUUUUUACGGAUGUCAUGGUUACCAGGUGUACCCCUUGCAUGAAAUUAAAGACUUAGCUUACGACAGCAUAGAUGAACCGGCAAUUGAAUCGUCUCCUGUAACUGGAGAAAAUGAAGUGAAAGACCCAUCAACUCCAAACGGAGAAGAUAAUGUGACGGAUGAAAAUCCAGUAACCGAACCCGAGAAAGAGAAAGAACAAGAAAAAGAAGAGGAAAAAGAUAAGGAAAAGGAAAAGGAAAAAGAAAAAGAAAAGGUUAAAGAAAAAGAGAAAGAGAAAGAGAAAAAAACAGCAGACGGCGACUGUCCUCCGGAUAAAAGUUUACACAGCAAGAAAGAUGUCCGGGUCAUUAUCGAUUAUAUAUACAGUAAUCUACACUUCAAUGAUACACUAAUGAAAGAACUGGUUCCUAAAGCUAACGAAGCAAAGAAUAAACACACAGAAGAUAUUGCGCAAUUUGAGAAAUGGUUUAAAAAUCAACCAAACAAUUUACUAAAUGUCCUGCAAGGUUUAGCUACGUUAAGGAAAAAACGCGUCGAGCCUGAAGUACAGAAGAUAGCUGGCAUACUAAAAGAGUUUCCACAACUAAAGGAACUGGCGGAUGAAAGAAUGACUAAGAAAAGUAAUUUCAUGAAAAGGUUGACGAAAUACGAAAACAUUUGUAAAUACGCCUGCGAUGAACCCGAACCCGAAAUGAGACGUAUAUUCAAGAGGAGCAUUCCAGAUGAUUAUAUAUGCAGUUCCAUCGAGGAUCUACACAAUAAUAUCACAACAAAAUUAACAGAAAAUUUCCACGUUUUUCUACAAAAGAAACUUGAUAUUAUAAACGAAACAGAUAAUUUAUUGACGGAAGAAAUAAAUAAAAUGAAAAAGGAACUAAAAGAUUCAGCUCUGUCUAUAUACGGUCGGACAAUGUACGAUGUUCUUAGCUUAGAAGAUGAAUUUAAUAAUUUCGUAAAAGAAAUGAACUCUAGCAUGGUAAAAGAACUCAUAUAUGAGGUUAAAGAAGAGGGUCUGCAAAUAGAUUCUAAACUACUACAACUACAACGAUUGAUUGAAGAUUACGGAAAUUACUGCAAAAAUUGUAGUUCAGGGCCAGUCAGACGUGUUUUACGACAAAUAAAUAUAAAUGAUGAGGGAGAAGAAAGUACAGAAGACUCUGUUUCUCUUUUGGACGAAUUGAUUCAAGAUAAAUAUGAUCAAGUAAACAUUACGACGAAUGAUGUGAUCUUCGAAAUCUUCAAGAACUUAACAGAUUUACUUAAUGACCCUGAAAGAGAUAAUAAAUUUUUGGCUGAUAUACAAUCUUUGCAAAAAAAUAUUGUUGAUGCUUGGAAUGUUGAGAGAGAGGGGCUAGAGAACUUGAAAAGCAUCGCAUCUCCGGCAUCUCUGAAACAACUGUCAGAACUACUUUCAGAUUCGAAGGACCUUCAGAAAGACAUAGACGAUAAGAUAAAACAUUUAGAAGAUAUACUGAAUAAAAAUAAUUAUUAA